AUGUCAGAACCUGUAUAUUCGACACCUGAGUGGUAUCUCAAGGCCCAAGACAAGGACGUCAGCAGCGACAUAGGCAGAUUGACUGUUUAUCACCUUGGGUUCAAGCAAGCAACUGACGGGACUCUUGUAUUCCCAACAAUUGACUUUUCCAAUAGGCCUCGAUCUAUACUGGAUGUUGGAACCGCAGAUGGUCUUUGGAUGAGGGAAGUUCAAUCCGCAAUUGCCGCUCCAGGUGAAGGUAACCAUACCUUUAUCGGCACUGAUAUCAAUACUUCUUUCUUCCCCACCAACACGGAUAGUAUCACAUACGUGAAACAAGACAUCAAAGAUCCAACACCAAACUCUUGGGAAGACUCCUUCAAUCUCAUCAACCUUCGCAUGAUUCUUAUCGCCGCUGGUUCAGGCACCGCUCAACGCGCUGUUGUCAAUGAGCAUAUCAAACUUCUCAAACCAGGCGGUUGGAUUCAAAUUGGCGAUUGUGAUCGCAUCUGCCCGACUUCUGAAUCUGAAAAUCCACGCUAUCACGAUAUGUUCGCGUGUAUCCGAGCUGUCUGUCAAUCUUCCGGGCUGGACCCUCUUGAGGCGCCAAAGAUGAAGUCUUGGCUGCUGGAGGCGGGGCUUGAGGGUGUACACGAACGGACUGCGAUGAGGGCUGUUGGGAAACGGAAUUCGGAUGAGGAGUUGGGGAGACUGGGAGUUGAAGCGGAUUUGAUCAUUGCGAAGGGGUUUGCGGCGGGUGCGAAGUCUUUGGAUUCAUCUGUUAGGCCACUGUCUGAUGAGCGGUUGGAUUCGCUUGUGAAGGAUCUGGAGAUUGAGUUGAACGAAACGGGAGCGUAUUUCCCCAUGCGUUUCAUUUGGGGCAGAAAACCACUCUAA